ACCAGAUCCCCUUAGACUCAGACAGCAGCCUCAGUCACUGCUAGAUCUGCACUGGACAGAGGGGAGUGGAAGCUAACCCAUGCACUGAAGAUCACGCAGGCAAGGAGAGAGGACACCCUGCAGCCAUCUCCUGCUCAGGAAACCCAGGAUAUAAGAAAGAGGGGCUUUUUUUUAUAACACCACAUAACCCACCUGUCCCACUAUCCAUCACCUUAUCUCAUUCUACCUGCUGAUCCAGCAUUUCCACAAUGAGCAAAAGAGUUGUGCGCCAGAGCAAAUUCAGGCAUAUUUUUGGACAGCCAGUAAAAGCUGACCAAAUGUACGAAGACAUCCGAAUAUCAAAGGUGACCUGGGACAGCUCAUUCUGUGCAGUGAACCCCAAGUUUUUGGCCAUUAUCAUAGAAUCCAGUGGAGGAGGUGCCUUUAUUGUGUUACCGUUAGCCAAGACAGGUCGUGUGGAUAAAAACCACCCCACAGUCAGUGGUCAUACAGCUCCCGUACUGGACAUUGAUUGGUGUCCACACAACGACAACGUCAUUGCAAGUGCCUCGGAUGACACCACUAUCAUGGUUUGGCAGAUUCCAGAUUAUACACCUAUACGAUCGAUAACGGAACCUAUUGUGACACUCGAGGGUCACUCCAAAAGAGUGGGAAUUAUCACAUGGCACCCGUCAGCUCGCAAUAUUUUACUCAGCGCAGGUAGCGAUAACGUAAUCAUUAUCUGGAAUGUGGGUACAGGUGAGGCUCUGAUUUCACUAGAUGAGCUUCACAGUGACCUCAUUUACAGUGUCUGCUGGAACUACAAUGGAAGCCUCAUCACAACUACCUGUAAGGAUAAGAAAGUCAGAGUCAUUGACCCAAGGAAACAAGGAAUAGUUGCUGAGAAAAGCGGGGCACAUGAAGGAGCCCGACCAAUCAAAUCCAUCUUUUUGUCUGAUGGCAAAAUAUUCACCACCGGCUUCAGCAAGAUGAGCGAGCGACAGCUGGCACUGUGGGAUCCGAGUAACUUUGACGAACCCAUAGCCUUACAAGAAAUGGACACCAGUAAUGGCGUGCUGCUCCCUUUUUACGAUGCUGAUUCCAACAUCGUCUACCUGUGUGGAAAGGGUGACAGCAGUGUCCGAUACUUCGAGAUUACGGAUGAAGCACCUUAUGUCCAUUAUCUAAACACUUACAGUAGCAAAGAACCUCAGAGAGGGAUGGGCUUCAUGCCCAAGAGGGGUCUGGACGUCAGUAAAUGUGAAAUAGCAAGGUUUUACAAGCUGCACGAGAGGAAAUGUGAACCCAUUGCUAUGACUGUUCCACGAAAGUCAGACCUCUUCCAAGAUGAUCUAUAUCCAGACACUCCAGGGCUGGAACCAGCCCUCGAAGCUGAUGACUGGUUUUCUGGAGAGAACGCUGACCCUUUACUGGUGUCGCUGAGAGAUGGCUAUGUUCCUGCAAAGAAUAGAGAGCUUAAGGUUACCAAGAAAAAUAUUCUGGACAACAAGCCUCCAACUGUGCCACGACGAAGCUAUUCUUCCUGCGAUUCAGGCUUCUCGCGGGUGACCCUGGAAGAACUUUUGGAAGAAAUCAAGAGCUUGAGAACAACUGUUGAGUCCCAGGAGAAACGGAUUUCAUUUCUGGAAAACCAGCUGCAUGAGCUGUGUCAUGAACUUGCCAAUGGCACAGACUGAGCUCUGCGGUGUUAAACUGUGCCAUCCUUCCCACAAUGCACUACAAGACCCCCACUUCCCCCCUUCCUACCAAGAAACCGAUUAUGUUUGACCAGAGAGGCUGGAGCCAACAAACGGAGUCCGACAGAUCAUCCCUAUGCUACCCAUUCAUUGUUUAAGGCAUCUCUAAAGACCCAGGGGAAGGGUUAUCAGUCACUGGGGAAAAACGGGAAAUGUGUUCAGAUCACUAAAGGAUUCUUCUGUUUUGUGACCACAUUCAUUGGUCCCAUUGCUGCUUUGGAUGAUGAAUGGGGAGAUCUAGCUACCCGGAAGCAAAGCUAAAGUCUCUAUUGCACCAGCUCCCAUGCAGAG